AUGGGAAUUCUUCGAUUUUUAGCACCAUCCAAGUUAUUGAUGGGAUCACUCAUUCUUAUGGCCUUAACUUUCUGUUAUUCUUGGGCCCAAAUAUAUUUAAGAGACAAAACACUUGAUUUUAAAAAUAUAUUUCCAAUAAAUCAAACUCUUGAUGCAAAAUUAUAUUUCUCAACCUCGAAAAGAGACUUACUAGAUAAGGUGAUUUGGAAAAAUCAAUCAAUACAUUAUUUGAAGAAUAAUAAAUUAAGCGAGAAAUUUACUUUGACAAUACCACAAGGAAUUGCAAAAAAUACAUCACUAGGAUACUUGACAUUACAAAUCCAUGCAGUAGUAAAUAAACAACAUAUAUUUCUUCGAGAAAAUACAAAUUUAAUUCAUUGGAGGCGAACAAAGGAUAGAUCAACCAAAAAGCUCAUUGGUGGUGAAUCCAAUGUAAGCACAAAUACUUAUUCCUGGAAACCUUAUGUUUAUCAAAAAUAUAGAUUUGACUUAGUUUACUUUGAAUUCUUGAAUCCAAAAUUGGGAAUCGCUGAUGUCUUUUCUCUUUCCCAAUAUCCUCAAGUUGCAAGGACUGCACUCAAAUAUGACAAAUUUUUCAAUAUUCCAUCAGAGGAACGACUUCUAAACACUACACUAGAUCAUAACACAACACUUACAUUAGAAAUAAAUAUGCCACAUAACUUCUGGUGGCAAAUUAAAUAUAAUUAUGAUAUUGCUUGGCUUCAAAUGCUAGAUAUAUUAGGUGAUGAUAUCUCUCAUAUGCUUAAAUAUUCGAUGAACAAAAUAAAACGAAUAAUACUGGAAACUCCUUUAUAUAUUUUAGUAUUUACAGCUGUUUGCACAAUUUUGCAUUCAAUUUUCCAGUACAUGGCAUUUGAACAUGAUAUAAAGUUCUGGGCCAAGCGUAAAAACUUCCAUGGUGUCUCAAUGGGAACAGUUUUAAAUAAUUUCCUUUCAGACCUCAUUAUUUUGCUGUAUUCAAUAGACACUGACACAGGAAAUUUCCUGAGAUUCACAUAUACUAUCCAAUGCUUCACAGGAUUCUGGAAAUUGUCAAAAUUAGUUGAUUUCUCUUUCAAACCACCAUUUAUCUCAAUCAAAGCAGCCUACAGAGGUAAAGAAAAUGAUGCUGAUAGAACAGGCCUCAAAUAUUGUUACAUUGUCGUUACUCCUAUCAUUAUUGGCUAUUGCAUCUACGAAUUGUUCACGCAAGAGUUCACAAACAUCAAGAGCUAUAUCAUUCAUUCACUUGCAGCAGCAAUUUAUUCUUACGGCUUCCUCGGAAUGAUUCCACAACUUUAUGUGAACUACAAACUGAAAACUGUUGCUGGAAUGAGUAAGGCUGCUUUCAUUUAUAAGUCUCUCAACACGUUUAUUGAUGAUAUUUACACAUUUGUUGAGAAAAUGCCUCUUAUGAUGAAAAUUGCUUGUUUUAGAGACGAUAUUAUCUUCUUUGUCUGGCUUUAUCAGUGCAUGAUAUACAGAACUGAUCCAACUCGUAUUAAUGAGUUCAAUAUGCAACAAAAAGAAGAAGAGGAAGAAAAUUCAGAAAAUGAAAUUCAAGAAGAGCAAAAGGAAGUCAAAACAAACGAUGAAAGUCACGAAGGGCAAGAAAAAGAUCGUGAGAAUGAAGAAAAACAUGAAGAAGGAAAAAUUGAAUAA